GGAAGUUCGGGCAGAGCCCGAGCCGCGGCUGAGCGAGCGGAGCUGAGGAUCGGAACGUCCCGCACCACCGGAGCCAUCUCAUCGCUCCCCGAGCCGCGCACAAUAUGAGCCACGGGCAGAGAAGCGACAUGCUCCCGGAGAUCGCCGCCGCCGUGGGCUUCCUCUCCAGCCUCCUGAGGACGAGGGGCUGUGUGAGCGAACAGAGGCUUAAGGUUUUCAGCGGGGCGCUCCAGGAGGCACUUACAGAGCACUACAAACACCACUGGUUUCCUGAGAAGCCGUCCAAGGGCUCCGGCUACCGCUGCAUCCGCAUCAACCAUAAGAUGGACCCCAUAAUCAGCAAGGUGGCCAGCCAGAUCGGACUCAGCCAGCCCCAGCUGCGCCAGCUGCUGCCCAGCGAGCUGACCCUGUGGGUGGACCCUUACGAGGUGUCCUACCGCAUCGGGGAGGACGGCUCCAUCUGUGUCCUGUACGAGGAGGCCCCGGUGGCCGCCUCCUACGGGCUCCUCACCUGCAAGAACCAAAUGAUGCUGGGCAGGAGCAGCCCCUCGAAGAACUACGUGAUGGCGGUCUCCAGUUAGAGCCGGCGCCCACCCCACACCUCCUGUGCCCCUGCAGCAGAGACAACAGGCCACCACAUACCUCAACCUGGGGAACUGCAUUUUUAAAUGAAGAGCUAUUUAUAUAUAUAUUAUUUUUUUUAAGAAAAGAGGAGAAAACAAACCAAAAGAUUUUUUUAAGAAAAAAAUCCUUAAAGGGAGCUGCUUGGAAGUGGCCUCCCCAGGUGCCUUUGGAGAGAACUGUUGUGUGCUUGAGUCUGGGAGCCAGCGUCUGCCUUUUGGGGGUGGGGUGCAGGGGCAGGCCUUGCCAAGGUGAGGCUGGAGAGUGAGAGGGUGCAAGCAAGGUCAGCAGCUGUGAAUGAGGGAGGUCAGGGUCUGCCCUGCAGGGAGAGAGGAUGGAUUCACACCUCUCUCUCCUGGCCAGGACACCUCCACCCUGGCUCCUCUCUUACUCAGGGGCAUUCGAGCCUGGACUUACAUAAUACUAGGUUGCCUGAUGUUCUCUUUCAGUUUUCGGAUGAGAUCCUGGGCAGAGUGAAAAGGCCUCUCCUUUUUCUUUCUGUCCUAAGCAGCUUUUCCUGACAUCAUGACUUGUUUCUAAUUCUACCCUCAGAGGCUUGUAGGUGUUACAACCCCGCCAGGAAUCUAAAGCUUUUUUUAUUUUUUCUUUUGGUGGGGAGCACAUGGCAGGGGUUGGAGGUUGUCGGGCUUAGGAUGGGGGAUCUCUGCACAAAACCUUGCUUUGCUACGUGCUGCUUUGUGUGUGUGUGUGUGGCGAAUAACUUGGGAGUGAUUUGCAAUGAAAUUUUGGAGACCCAAAGAAUAUCCACUGGGAUGUUUUGGGGCCCAAACCCAUCUUUUUGGAACCACAUGAAAGUCCUGAUGCUGCUACUGUGAUUCCUUUGAGAGGUGGCUCAAAAGCUACAGGGAACUCCCGGGCCUUGGUUACUGCCUUCUUUUCAAAAGCACAACACUCUUCUCUAACCCUCCCCUCUCCUCGCUCUUUCUGGUUGGGUCAUGAAGCUACCCUGUUUUCCAGGACAAGAGUUCUCAGUCACUGUGCAAUAUGCCCCCUGGUCAGGAGGCUCUGGAGGGGAACUGGCUCCCAGAACCUUCUGUGCCCUGGUGGGGUAAGGGAGCUAUCUCCUCUCACCUCAGGAUGACGUUGGCCGGCUGGCCACCGGUGUCCCUUGGCUGAAUGGGAGAGUGCCCCGUGCUCUGCAGGACUACUUGGUAUUCUUGUAGGGCGACAUUAAAGCCAAACCUUGGGCACUGUUUUCCUCCCUGGUGCUCAGAGCACCUGUAAAAGAGGUCGCUGUCUUUCAGUACAAUCCAAAUUUGUAGACAUGUGCAAUAUUUACUUUUCUGGGUUAGAGAAAAAGGAAACUGCACUGGGAAGAAACCCUCUACCUUCAGUUUCCCAGUGACGUUGAUGUUGGAGUCAUCAGAAGGCCUCGAGUUUCCCAAACCGGAUCACCUUAAGAAGGACAGAGCUACAGCAUCUGGUUAAGCUGGCCACUCCCCUGCUGCUGCCCCUUAGGGAAGACUCUUCUCCCCCACUCCUGAUCUCAGAUUCCACUCCCCAUGGGCAAUCCCCUUUCUUGGAUUUCUUAACUCCUCAAUUUCGAUUCAAAGGUGCUAUUUACCAAACACUUCCCUGUCCAUUCCUGCCAGUCCUGCCUCCUCCCAGGCCCUGCUUCCAGUCUUUACUGCUUUAAAGUUAACUUAGGGCCCACAGACCCCAGAGCCAGUUUUCUGGCCUGCGGGUUGAAACAAAGCUGUGAAUUACCGCAGACUGUGUGUUGGCAUCUAGUCUGCAAACAGGUCCCUGCCUUUUUAGAAGCAGCCUCCUGGUCUCAUGUCGAAUCUUUUUCUCUCUUCUCCUUUUCGAUGUUCACUUUAAAAACAAUACCCCCAGGGUGGACUGUUGAGCAGGUCCAUCUCUCUUACUAAGUAAAAAUAAAUAAUAGGAGUACAUUUGUAAGCUAUUCUGACAGAAAAGACAAAGGUUACUAAUUGUAUCAUAGUGUUUUUUAUAUGGAAGAAUGUAUAGCUUUAUGGACAAAUGUACACUUUUUGUUUUGUUACUUUAAUAAAAAUGUAGCAGAUGAA